AUUGACAUCCGACCUCGCUCUUUCUCCUACUUUUCUCUAUUUCUGUCUAAUCUCUCUCUCUCUCUUUCCCCCUCGUCUCUCGCACGAGGAAACGAAAGCGGAGUCGAGAUCGCGUCGUCGCCGUCGCCGUCGUCGGAGGCCGGAGUCGCGCGGCCGACGGCUCCGUCGCUCGUUGUCGUCGGUCGUCGUCGAGUCGCGAGAGCGCAUAUACCGAGAGUGGGCACCGUGCGAACGCGGAGAACGCAUCGCGCGUUCACGUUGCGUACGCACAGUACGCACACGCCACGGACCGGGCACGGGCACGGGCACAGGGUAGAGGCCGCAGAGGGAAAGUGCGCGCUGUCCGUCGGUCGCGGUCUCGGCGUCUCGCGUCGCGUCGCACUGUGUGCCGCCGUGCCGUCGUGUGCCGUGGCGAUCCUCCCGAGCCUCCUCGUUCGGAUACUGCCCAGCCAUGAUAGCUACCGCGAGCGCGUCUCCGCCGCGACGCGAGAGGCACGUCGCCGCGCCGCUCUAGCUUUAGGGGCCCGACCGACCGCAAGAUGCGAGAGGUCCGUUCUCGGGAGAGCAUCAUCGCGUGAAAGUCAGCGUCGCAGAAUGGUGGUGGACUACUGCGAGUCGAUUCAGGCCUCAGCAACUGCAGUAAGAAAGCAGGAGCGAAGGUUAGGUGGCACGGUGGGUGCUGCAAAGAUGCAGCCCAACAGCGGUGGAGGAUGUGGAAUGACACCCAAAGAGCUCUCCGACAAUGACGACCUGGCUACGUCCCUCGUGCUGGAUCCCUACCUAGGAUUUACCACCCAUAAGAUGAACAUCAGGUACAGGCCGUUAAAGGCGAAUAAGGAAGAGCUGCGAAAGAUCAUCCGUGAAUUUAAGGAAACUCAAAAUUACGAGAAGGCGUACAAGAAGUUGAUGGGUGGUGAUUGGGGCGCGCGGCUACCCCACACAAAGUCCAAACAGCAGCAAAUCAAUCUGGAGAAUCACAUCAAACGAUACCUGCGAGUUUUCGAUAAGGAUUCCGGCUUUGCCAUAGCGCCGUGCUAUAGAUACAGCUUAGAGGGACAAAAGGGUGCUAAGAUAUGCGCCACCCGUAAAUGGAUGAAACAUGACAAAAUUUCCUGCCUCGUCGGUUGCAUAGCGGAGCUUAGUGAGAAGGAGGAAGCUGCGUUGCUGCAUCCUGGGAAAAAUGACUUCUCUGUGAUGUUUAGUUGUCGAAAGAAUUGCGCUCAAUUGUGGUUGGGACCAGCCGCAUACAUAAACCAUGACUGUAGAGCGAAUUGCAAGUUUGUGCCGACGGGAAGAGACACGGCGUGCGUCAAGGUGUUGCGCGAUAUCGAGGUGGGCGAGGAAAUCACCUGCUUUUACGGGGAGGAUUUCUUCGGCGAUGGCAACUGUUACUGCGAGUGUGAAACCUGUGAGAGGCGAGGGACCGGCGCAUUCGCGAGCCAGAAGCCGGGCGAGGAGCUGUCGUCCGGUUAUCGUUUGAGGGAAACAGAUAAUCGAAUCAAUCGAACUAAACAUCGGCAGCAGCCAUUGAACAGGAACAAACAGCAAGUCGAUACCGCUCUCACCGAGCGAAACACCGUUCUGGUCGUAAAUGCGGCGGUUGCGCCGCAGUCUCUCAGCAUGAAGGAGCUGCGACGCAAAGGGAUUACAAAGUACGACGCCGAGCUGAUCGCGCAAGGCUGCCGUUUCUCCGACAUCAAUCAGCAGCAGCCGGCGAUCAACAACGGCGAGAAUAUGCUGCAAACUCGUCCCUCUGCAAUCGCGACUUCCGUCACGAGGAGUCUCCGUAACAAACAGAUGUGCAAGUUUGACGGCAAUGCCGGUGACGGAAGUAUCAUCAAGAAUACUCAGUCGCUCAGAGCGUCCAGACUUCACAAGAGAACGGAAUCGAAAAAAGGGAAAGUCGGGGUGAAGUCCGCGUCGUCCUGUCUCAGUAAUCCCGCUGUGAAAGACACGGAAGUGGCGGAUAUCGGUCAUCGAAAGGAGGAUUCCGACAGACCGGUGCACAAGGAGAAUUUGUAUUCGCAAUUACAAAAGCAUCAUCUGCCAAACGCAUCGGAAAUGGACCACGGUUUUUGCAUGGAGCAGCCGCGACAGCGCACCGUGGCGGAGGAAUCGAAUGAAAAUGCCUGUCCGCUGCGACUGAUGGAGAUAGAGGACACUGGUGAAUCGAACGGUGAUGGCGACUCUGCGGAGGAUGAACGGGGAAUACCGGAUCUCAUCGCGGAAGUCGAUCCCGAGACAGUAGAUAACGUUAAUUCUUCCAGUUACAAAAAGGGACAUUAUAGUACAAAUGCCUGUGAUUCAAUCCGAUUAAGUUCCACGUCUCAAACUUAUGUACAACGUUUACAUACCGCGGAAUUUAUUCCCGAGGAUACGAACUGUCGCUCGAGGGACUACCAUCAUUCGUCGCCUAUGCGGCACAAGGAAGCCGAGAACGAUCCUUAUGGCGCGGCUGAGCAGGUGAAUUGCGUUAACAAACGUUCCAAGUCUCAUAGCAAUCGGCUUUCUUCGACGGACGAGCAAGACGAUCGCAAGACGCCGAACGAGGAGUCGUCUUACGAGUUUGAGGACGAUGAUUCGUCGCCGCCGCCAAUCGAAGAAAAGAAAAUGUUGCGGACUGAUUUUCGAGAGAAUGACAUCUUACACGAGACGAGUUCUCGAUCGGAUGACGAAUGUUGCGAUAUAAACUCCGCGAAAGUAAUCGUGGUGCAGAAAUACGAUGUGGAGAAAGAAGAGGAAAGUGAAAGUUGCGGGAGUCCGAUCACCGUCGACGCGUCGGCGGCGAAUCACUCGGACAGUAUCGAAUUUUGUGGAUUGAACUCGGAGGGAGUUGUAGAGGCAGAAGUUGAGAACGAUUUAAAAUGUUAUAGUAGUACAGUUUCGAAUCAGGAAGAAGAAGAAGAAGAAGAGGGCGUCGUAACAAAAAGUGAUGCGUAUGUCGAACCUGGCAUUAGAUCCGGAAUGGCGACAUUAUGCGCGACGGAGAUGGACUCCAGAAUAAAUAUUACGGAAGGAAAUAACACGACGGUCUUCAGUAACGUACAGAUCACGAACUAUAAUAGCGAUUUAACCGGCCAUAUGAAUUUAGAGGACAAUCGCCAUUCUGCGUUAAAGAGAUCGACAUCCAGGCGGAAAGAUCACGCCUUCGACGCGUCCUCGAAGUCGUCUCGCAAGCUGCAGAAGAGACUUUCGAACGCCAAGUCCAAGUUCGGGAUUUUGAUGGAGAGUAUGCAGGACGAUUCGAAGAGUCACGGUAAGGGCAAGAGCAAGAAUAAAUCUACCAAGAGUCACAGGAGGGAUCGGCAGAGAUCGGCGACGGCCGAGAUAGGGGAGGCCGACGAUGAUUCGGGCAUCCAGGGCGAUAUCUACGAGUUCAGCGAAAAGGAGAGCAACCUGGAAGAUAUCGGUAUACUGUCCAUAAUAAGACGCGGCAAGCACGAAUCUCGUCACGCGUCCUCCGCUUCGAUAGCGGUGUCGCCUGUGCAGGAGAUGCAGUGCAAUGACGAGUACAAUAAAGCCGAGCCGCCAGUGCUGGUCCGGGAGGAACCGUGGCCUCCGACCGUAGCACAGAGCGAACAUGGCGCAGAAUCCAAUAGUGUUCAGUCAAGAGGAAACUGUGAUGUUGCAGUGAGCUUGGAACGGUUGACAGCCUACGAGAGCAAUGGUAGCGCGCGAAAAUCAAGCACAACCCCGUCCGAGUGUCGAUGGCGAACGAGCAAUUCCAGCGAUUGUCGAGUUUGUCCUGUCACGCCGGAGAGGACCGGCGGUCGGCUGAAGCUGACGCUGCGAAUGAAGCGGUCGCCCGUGCUGGACGACAUAGCCGAGUCCGGCACCAGCGGCAUGAGCGAGGACAGCUACGAGCCGGAGUAUGAGGUGCUGCGCGUCGAGGGAUUGGAGAGGCGCAAACGCCGGAAGAAGCACAAGAGCAGGGACCGUGAGAGACGGCAUAAGAAGUCGCGCGAAUUGAAUCUCGAUCCGCCGCCGCCGCCCAUGAAAAGAUUACGCUUGAUCCUCGGCAACGAGACACGUACCAUCGAUCUAACGCAUUCUUAACAGCUAUAAUUCCAUCUGUCCCCCGCCCCCACUCCCUCGACUUGCCCCCCUCCCCUUUUCUCUCCAUCGUUCAUGACGCGCGUGUAAUAUCGAUUUCAUUACGAUAUAUAUAUAGACUAUCUUUUUAAACAUAAUUAAAAAAACGAAAGAUCAUUCAGGAAGUUAAGCCUCCUCGUCCUACGACAUGUGACAGCAAGUUCAUAUCGAACUUGAAGAUACUUUUCACGAUCAAACUUGAUUUAUAGUGAUACAACUAGCAUCGCCACAUUUUCUCCCUAUCUUUCUCAUUCUCUUUCUCAUUCUCUUUCUCAUUCUCUCUCAUCUCUCUGUCAUCUCUCUGUCUCUCUUUCUCUUUCUCUCUUGUAGUCCACGUUAUUUAAAUCUUUUAGCAGUAUAUGUCUUAUUCUUAUAACAACAACGAAUCUCUGAGGGCCUAUCGAGAUAUCGUAAGCGAGAAAACGUGUAGGAAGAAGCUUUAGAUACGCGCACCUACAUAUUUCUCCCAUGUAGAAUUAAAUUGAAUACCGCGUACAAAAUCAGAGCCAUAGUACGUGAAUACUUAUCCAAGCGUCAUACAGUUCUAUAGAUUAAUAAAGUGCUCUAGCGUACUAAAGAGAUAAUUCCACUUAACGAUUCAAUUGAAGUCAAAUCGAGCAUAUUGUUUUUCGAAAUUUUUGCUAUCCUUAAAGGAUAUCAGAUUGCAUGAUUUCCGAAAGGUCUCUUUCCUUUUUCUUGUAUUUCUUUUCUUCCAGCUAAUCCGUUUCUCGAUAAAUUGUAUACGAAAUACAUUGUAUCAAUCUCGUACUUCGUGAGAUAAGCAUAGUCAAGUUGAAUCUUACAAAUUGUAUCUCUUCUCGUGGAAUCGUUUCGUAAAAAAACAUUGCUGCUUUCCAUGGUACUCCGGAACGGAGAAGGACGUAGGAGGAGGAUCCCUAUACUUAUACUAUGUAUAAUAAUAAUUAUCUAACUGACUAAAAGGAAAUUUAGCUAAAUAUUAGUUAGCACUUAUAAUCAUUAUUCUCGAACGAAAGGUCAAAAAUAUCAUGUGGAGAACCUUGUAAAUAUUGCUUAUACAUAUAUUGUAAGAGGUUUAUAUAUAUAUUACCAUAUAUAUAUUCUGUAUUUCGGUGUAUUACAAUGUCUUUCGAUGCGAGGUGCAGGCAGGCACCGCAUUGCAUAUACCAUUGUAUACGGAACGCACCGAUAACCCGAUACUGUAGUAACGAAAUAUUAAUAAGAAAGAGGGUUUCACAUUCGCGGCAACGUUUUCGUUAUAUUACGCGCCGUUUAGAAUCAGAAUGUCCACAAUGCAAAUGAGGGGACGAAACGCGCCUUUGCGCAUAAGAGAUCAACAUCUGUUCCACAUCGCUUCUAUGUUCGCGGACGAAAGUGUGAUAUACGUGAGGGUUGGAGAAGCGAAACUUGCGUUACUCGAAAUUUUUUCGAUAUUAAAUUAGAGCGCAAUUUUAUUCUGCAACAGAUAUAAACCAGAUAUUUUUUUUCUAAUCCAAUAACGAAAAAAAUGCAGAAUACAAGUUUCGCUUCUGUCGAGUUGGAAGGAGAGUAAUAUUGUUAUUUCAAAAGUUUCAGUAAAGAGAUCAGGAUUUUCAGAUGAUAAUUCAAUCGAGAUUUAAAAAAAUUGUUACAAAGCAAUAUUACUUUAUCUCCAAUCCUGGCAUCCAGUUUCUCACGUUGUUAGAACACUUACAGUAGAAAUCAUUGAAAUUUUCAAAGUUUUUAAAAUGUGAUAUCGCGUAAGUUUGAAAGAAGUUCCGUAUGAAGUAAAAGUUAUGCGACGCAUACGCAAUAUUUGUUCAUUGUACGCCGAGAUUUAGUUAAAAUUCUUCGAUUUUACUUGACAAAUGGGCCGUUACUGUCCAAUGCCGUUAAUAUCCAACGCCGAUCAUUUGGUGUUUUUAAUAUGCAAAUUAUACACGAUUAACAAAUAAUAAAAAAAGAAUCUCGUUACGUUCCGAGCGAGCUAUAGAGAAACGACUUUGCAUUGUGUCGUAUAGCAAUGAAAAAACUCAUACUGCAUAGAAUACAAUAGGUUUAUUGAUUUUUUUUUCUAAAGAAAAUUGUUUGAGUGCUCUAAGCUGCCACGCAGAAUUAUAGAAAAAUUAUUUAUAUAUUAAUUAUUUAUUGCACAUUUAAUGAUAAUAGAUUAGUUAUAUGAGGAUGAUAAAAAUGCAUGGUAAUUAAAUUAAAUUCAAUUAAUAUUAGCCAUUUUAAUUGUUGCUUUCUCAAUUAAUGUUUACCAUUUCACCAAAUUUCUGAAUGCAAUCCUCCCCGAAUCGAGCCCUUUUUUCUUAUGCAAAGAAAAGAGGGAACUGUAAAUAGUUGUGAUAUUCAUAAAUCCUACAAAAGAGAUAGUAAUCUUACUCCUUUUUUACUUACACAUUAUAUAGAUAUAUCGAGAGAAUAAAUUCUAAAAAAAAAAAAAAAAUAAAUUUACUCCAAGUCGUAAUUUUUUUAAUGGACAGCAUAUAGAAUCGAUUGCACCGUAGCAUUAAUUAAUUAGCGAUUGCUUAGCUUAUUCCGAGUUCUAACUCUGACACAUAGAAAGAAAAUUUGACUGGAAAAUAUGAACUCGUGGAAUAUUAACCGAUAACAGCAAUUGAUAAGAGUAUUAAUAGGAGAUAUUGAUGGAAUCGAUUAAUUAAUAAUUAGUAUACUGAUUGACUAUUAAUUCGUAACCAAAUCGGUCAACAAAAUUUAACGGCGAAUAAAAAGAAAUGCGUUUACCUUGAACUUUUUGAUUCUCGAUUAAAAUAAUUAUUUGUAUUAUAUGUAAUUGAUUCUUAUCGCAUUAAAAUUAAAGUGAAUUAGACACCUUUUCAUCGUUUAAAGAUCACUUGAAACUAAAAAGGUCGAAGAUAUGUAAUACGAAUUCAUAAAUGAAUAUAUGUUAUUAUCACAUAAUAAGCGCGAUAUAAUUCGAGGACUAUUCGCCGGCGCAGCUUCGCCGUGUAAUCAUAAUGAUCCUUUGUCAACGCUGCGUGAUCGUAGCGGCCCAUUUCGAGAACGAGAGAUUUUCAUUUGACUUUGUCUCUUUACUCGCAAUUUGCACAGCAAUUGUACAGCCAGUCGUUACGCGAUCGACUCGAAGCGUUUUCUUAAGGGAAGAAAAUGAAGGAGAAAGGGAACGGGACAUUCCCCGAAUUUACGAGAGGGAAAUUUCUCGAAGCGUUUCUUCUAUUCGCAACAACAGUUUUGCGUCGCAACAUCAUUUCCCGAAUCAGCGAUGUCAUUUUCUUCGUUUUUCCCCUUUAGACCGUCGCACGCGUCGACGCUUUCUCCCUCAUUCGUUAUCGGCAGAAUUUUUGUCUCACUGCCAUUAGAAGAAUGAUGCUAAUUUGUACGUUUCGAUUAAUCGCGAGAGUGUAAGGAGUGUAAGAAAAAUCAUAAGUCGCAUCCCCCGCGUUGCAAACGAUCAUUGUUAUUAGAUGAAUUUCGUGUGUGAAUCAUUGCGAAUCGAGGAGGACGAUAUUUUGCGAGUCUCUCUUCCGAGAUUCGCCCGGCGAAGUAGAAAGAAGAAAAAAAGAAAGGAAGGGAAGAAACGAAUUUCUUUUUUUUUCUCGUAGAAGACUCGCGACCGCGCGCGGCGCGUACAUUGUAAUUAUACAUAUUAUCUUAUUUGUUGAGCGACAGAUAUAUAGAAAUGUACAUUGUCAUUAUUAUUUUCUACGGAUUAAGGAACCAUAAUAAAUGAAUCGCAUAAACGUAA